AUGAAGGUGUUCAAGGACGUUUUCACUGGUGACGAGCUCUGCUCGGACUCCUAUGCCCAGUUGGCCCCUAUGGAAGACGCCGAUCUGUCGGAAGUGGCCUUCGAGGUCGCGACCAAGCGCGUCGUCAAGGGCGCCGAGGACUACGGCAUUGCAGACAACAGCGAGGAAGACGGCGGCGGCGUUGACAGCGCAACAGAGACAGUUAUCGACGUUGUCGACGCGUUCCGUCUCCAGGAGACUCCGUUCUCGAAGAAGGAGUUCGGAACCUACAUCAAGGGUUACAUGCAGCGCGUGAAGACGCACUUGGAGAAGACCCAGCCCGACCGCGUUGACAAGUUCAUGAGCGGUGGCCAGGCUCUUGUCAAGAAGAUCCUCGGUCAGUUCGACGACUUCCAGUUCUUCCUUGGCGAGAGCGCAGACUGCGAGGCUGGUGUCGUGUUCGCCUACUACAAGGACGGCGAGGAGGCGCCGCGCCUCAUCUACAUCCGCGACGGUUUGAAGGAGGAGAAAUAUUAA